AUCAGUUAAUAACCAGCGAAGAGUAAACGAGUAGCAGUUCCCGCACCUGACCAUUCAAAUUUCGUUUUCAUUUGGCACGAUCUUUAAUAGCAGGUCCAACGUCGAGCCGUUUAGUCGAAAAAGUUUUGUGAACGCGCACGGUUCGAAAGUAAUACAAAAGCGGCAGUUAUGUAAACAGUUCCAACAACAGAAAUAUAUUCAAAACAUUUUUGUCAAAUCGUCCAAUUGCUGUUGGCUCAGCUCAAAUAAUAAUGCGUUCGUUAUCUGCAACUAUUUUCGUUAUUUGCAAUAUAUUUGCAAGCAUUCGAAGUGAAGCUGGUGAAUUUGAAAAAUUAGUUAUUCCACCAACUUAUGGGGGCGUGUCCAAGGGGAAUACAAGCGCCGCCCAUUCGGUGGCUGCUCGCUCCUAUAUCGGGGGCCAUGCCGCGAAUACGGAGUGCUCCUUUGGCACAGAAUGCACACCGCUGCACGACUGCACCACUAUGAUUUACGAGGUGGCCAAGAAUUGUUAUUACGGUGACAAGUCGCUCUACUGCGGCAGCGGCGAAGAGAUGCCCUACGUGUGCUGUCCCAGCAGUCCGCUCGAGAAGAAUCAGGUGUGCGGCAAAUCCCUGGUGCAGGGUCAUUUCUACAAGGGACUCGGCUCGUAUCCAUUUGUUGCCCGUGUGGGCUUCAAGCAUAUCAAUACGGGCGCCUUUGCUUAUCCGUGUGCUGGCUCGAUCAUUGCCCGACGGGUUGUCCUAACCGCUGCUCAUUGUGCCUUGGCCAAGGCCGAUGGCCAUCGACUGUCGUCGGUGCGCGUUGGCGAGUAUGACACCUCCAGUGAUCCGGACUGUGCCAGCACUGGCUUCUGUGCACCGCGCUCUGUCAAUCAUGCCAUCAGUCAUGUGAUUGUGCAUCCAGACUAUAAGCAAGGCCAAUAUCAUCAUGACAUUGCGCUGCUAGUGCUCAAAACCCCCCUCAACUACUCGGUGGCCACACAGCCGAUCUGUUUGCAAAAGACUCGUGCCAAUUUGGUGGUGGGCAAACGGGCAACGAUUGCCGGCUGGGGCAAGAUGUCCACAUCGAGCAUACGCCAGCCGGAGAUGUCGCAUCUGGAUGUGCCUCUGACUAGCUGGGAUCUGUGCCUGCGCAACUAUGGCUCAACGGGUGCCCUCGAAUCGCCCAAUUCAAUUGAGGGCCAAUGGAUGUGUGCCGGCGGCGAGGGCAAGGAUGUGUGUCAGGGCUUUGGUGGUGCGCCUCUAUUCAUCCAGGAGAGUGGCAUCUUCUCACAGAUCGGCAUUAUGUCCUUUGGCUCGGACAAUUGUGGUGGCCUUCGCAUUCCCAGCGUAUACACCAGCUUGGUUUACUUCCAGGAGUGGAUACACGAUAAUACGCCACCGGAAUAGUCACGUAGCCACAAGCAAUACCCUAAGUUAAGCAUCGAAUUCAAAACAUGUAUAUAUUGAAUAUACAAUGCAAAUUUCGUAUAUAUUUUGUUUUGCAAACAAAAGCGUAACUAUAUUUUCCGAUCUUUAAACAAAAGUGUGUUGAUUUUAAUAUAUAAUGCCCGUAUAUAUUGUACGUAAGUUGAUAUGCGACCGACCAUCCCCAAUACAACCACGCACACAAAUAAUUUAAUUGAAUUAAUUGAACUUUGACUUAUGAGCAACGGAGAAGGCCACAAAUUAUAUAAAAUGAUCUUUCAUACAAAUAAUGCUUUGCGUAGAAAUUCAAGUGCACUUUCAACAAAAUUUUCUUUUAAUUAUUUAGUAGUUUCGUAAUUGAUGUGACUUUAUUCUAUCCAUCUAUACUCAAUAUAACUGGCACCAUUUAACAAAUGAGUAUUCC